UCAUCUUUUAUAGGACAAAAAUCAGUAAAAAAUAAUAUAAUAAUUUAAUUAUUUAUUUAAAAUUCAGUAAAUUAAAUAAAGUUAUUAAAAGUUAUAUUAAUUUCCAGUUAAAUUGCUAAAUAUUUAAAUGCUUUAAGCUUAACAUUUGAAAAUUCAAUUGUAGAUUUAAAAUAUAAAAAGUGACGUUAAUUUACAUGGAAUUAUUUAAUUGCAUUAAAAUGAUAUAGAAUAUUUAUUUCGAUUUGUAAUAGUAAAAUAUAAUUGAUAUGUCGACGAUUGAAAAUUCAGCUGUCAAUAUCAAAGAAAGGAUUGGAGUGAAAAAUUUCAAUGUUUUAUUAGACGAUGCCCAAGAUAUUUAUUACAGCGGUAAAAUAAUAACUGGCAAAGUUGGUAUUAUUUUAAAUUCGCCAAUAACUAUUACAAGUAUCAAAGUAUUAUGCAAAGGAGAAGCACAAGUGCAUUUCACAAACCGUUCUGCUGGAUUUAAAAGAAGAUUUAAAACCGAAGAAAUUUAUCUACAUGAAGAAAUUGAUUUAAUUGGCACAGAUGUUGAAAUAAAAAGCAAUGAUUUUUCAUUUAAUUUACAACUGCCAGAAAAAUUACCAUGCAGUUUCGAGGGUCGAUAUGGACGCGUACGUUACUCAAUAUGCGCUAGUUUGAAUACAAACGAAAAUUUAAAAAUUUAUUCCGAUAUACUGCCAUUUACAGUAGCACCUAUUUUUGAUUUGAAUAAUCAUCCACUCGCACCGUUGCCUAUAAGUGAAAAUUGUACAAAAACUUUAAUGGGACAUGCCGAGCCAUUUACUGUGUCAGUAUUCCUUCCAGUACGUGGAUACGUACCAGGACAAACAAUUCCAUUAAAAGUUAAUUUUAAAAAUGAAUCAAACGUUGAGUUUAAAAAAUUACGUGUCGUAUUAAAAAAGGUCGUUUUGUAUCGUUCAAUGGAGAAUGUUCGUAAACACAAAGAAAUAGUUGUGGAAAUUGAACAGCCAAUUGAUAAAAAUAACAACGUUUAUAACUCUGAAUUUGACGUGCCGGCAAUUCCGCCGUCUGGUACUAUUUGUAAUCUUAUCGAUGUUGAAUACAAGCUUAAAAUCGAAGCUUUUGCUGAUAUUAAUGAAUGGUACUACAAAAUGUUUUAUAAGAAUUUGAAAAUACGGAUGGAUAUUAUUAUUGGAAGUUUGCCAUUGAAAAAUUAUGAAGAUCCUAUUGAUUUGAGCGAUGAUUCGCGUAAUAGUAAAGAGCAAAGUGUUUUAAAUGUUGAAAAAGGUCGACUUAAAUACCAAAGAAGCCGAAUAUAUCGCUCAUCGAAACCCGAUCAAGAUGAAACAGACGAUGAGAGAGACAAAGAAAGUAUCCAAGACUUUUCUCCGAUGUACCGCGUCUAUGAAUUUAAACACUCGAAUGUCAAAGCUACCAAAUAACGAUUUAUUAAGUAAAGAAUUAUCAAAGUAACAUUUAAAAUCAAAUUAACUGAUCGAUAAGUAUAAAUGCUAACCGCUCAAGUAAGCGAAAAGUUGCUGAAUUGAAUUAAUAUAAUUUUAAUGAAGAUUUACUUUACAUUAAAAUUGAACCAAUUGUCAAAAAAAAAUUUCAUUCACAUAUUUUAUAUACAAAAUCCAUUCGAGAGUUGAAGUUUGAUAAAUAUAUUUCUGUAACUUUGUGUUCUCCAUACUCAACUUUAUACUACAUACUCGAAACUCUAUACUGGUUAUAUUAUGUCCAAUUGUCGCGUCUCUAAAAACUUUAUAACAAAUCCACGUUGAAAUAAGUGCAAUAAAACUAAACCAAAAUAAAUAUAUAAAUGCAUCUAUUGCAAAAGAAUUUUGCACUGAUAGACGAAUUUUUUAAAAAUUAAUGAACAUAUUUAUUCGAAAUUACUUUCAUUAAUUUUUUAAUCAAAUAAAUAUCUUGAAAUACUUAGUGAUUAUAUUUAAAGAGUAAUAAAAAUUUGUUUACGUCAAAUAUAAGUUUAUUAAUAUCUAAUAAAUAUUUAUAAAUGUUUGAAAAACAUUUUCUUCAUCAAACUUAUAAUGUUCGUUUCAAUGGUUUUUUAUUCCAUGUUAAUAUGAUUAGUAUAGUGGUGUGAAGCUGACCGUCAGGUCAUUUUUUGACCGUCACGUCAUGGUCACAAGACCGUCAGCGACCGUUCAUAAAAUGACGGACCAUCACAUUUGUGAUGACAUCUUACAAACGCCUUUAUAACUUUUAUACAAAUUCAAAUUUUUAAACCGCCAUUUUUUUAAAAAUACCACGAGAUAAGAAUACGGAGGGAAAAAUAAAUUUUUCAAUCAUUUCAAAGAAAAGAUUGCGUAUAGUGAUGUAGAAUGACUGUCAUUUUGAGUUUUGGUCACAAGGCGGUCCGCUGACGGUCUUGUGACCGACGGACCUGAAUGACGAGCCUGUUCUAAUGUGAAAUGACCGUCACAAAUUUUUCGGUCAGAGUUCGUCAUUUUGGACCGUCCAAAAAUUUUUUGUCACAAAUUUGGUCAGUCGCAUCUAGCUAGAUGGUUUGUCACCGUUAUUAAAUUUCCGGUCACAAAUUAGCGUUUAAUCAAGAAUUUUGUCAGUCAUAGCCAGCUAGAUGAUUGGACGCAUUCUUUUUUGUAAAUGAUUGAAAAAUUUAUUUUUCCCUUCGUAUUCUUAUCUCGUGGUAUUUUUAAGAAAAUGGCGGUUUCAAAAUUUUAAUUUGUAUAAAAGUUAUAAAGGCGUUUGUAAGAUGUCACCACAAUUGUGACGGUCCGUCAUUUUAUGAACCGUCCGCUGAUGGUCUUGUGACCAUGACGUGACGGUAAAAAAAUGACCUGACGGUCAGCUCCACAUCACUAAGUAUGAUAGAUAAGUACAUAAUCUAUACAAUCUCGUUACUUAAAAAGUUACUAUUAUAUAUAAUAAAUAUUAACAAGACAAAAAUAUUAGAUACGUUUGAGGACCGAUAAAAAGAAAAAUCUUUGAGUUAAAAUCAUCCUCCUAUAAUAAAAUUUAGAUGAAAUAUAUUGGAAGGCAAACUAUUCGUAACGUGAUUAGUCAAAAGCAAAAAAAAAUAUGCAAACGACACAAAGAUAUACAGUAAAAUAAAUAUGCGAAAAACAAAACGCACGCGCUUGCGCGCGAAACAUCUACGCUAGUCUUUAAUAUAGUGGAUGAUAAUAAGUAUAUUUUAUUUAAUUUAAAAAAAAUGCUUUGUUGAUGGCUUAAUGGUCAUACGAAAGCUUAUCAAUUGAUUGCAGAAACUGAAUUUCCAGUUAAAUCGAAAUCAGUUUGUUAACCCCACAAAUGUGACUUGAAACAGUUUAAAUGUUCUUUCUUGUCAAAACUUUAUUUUAAUAAUAAUUUUAAAUGUUUAAAUAAUAAUAAACAUCAUUGU